AUGAUUGGUAUUUGCUAUCGUGAUGAUGGGCACGGAAAGGGCAUGUUCUACGAUCACUACACCAUACAACAUGCUACAAAACGAGCCACUUGUUCCCUUAAACCUUCAUCACACGACGCGAAAUUAAUUUACGAAUUAUUACAAAAUUUUUCUAAUCCGAAUCAAAAUAUUAAUAAUAAUAAUAAUAAUAUGAAUAAUAAUAAUAAUAGAAAUGUAAAAUAUGUAGCCACUAUGAUAAAACCAAUGAAUGGUAAGGUAGUUAAUUAUUCGGAGGGAAUUAGAAAAAUCAUGAUGGACUAUUUGGAGAAGAAUGAAAAUUUGACAUUGAAAUAUCAUUCGGAAAAUAAGAGGAGACAUGGAUUGCCAAUGAUUCGUGAUUUUUCAUUAAGGUUGAAGGAAAUAGAUCAUGAAAUUGGGUUGUUGGUUGUUGUAGGACAUUUGAAGAUUAUGGAAAAUGAUCCUUCAAUGAUAUUUAGAUUUGAAUUUGAGAGAAAUGUUAUUAGAAAGGCCAUGUUGAUUGGUCAACCAGUGUUAUGUAUUUGUUCUGGGAGUUGGAGAUUGUGGGAAUUCUUGGGUGGUUCAGUUUCAAACAUCAAUUCGGAUGUUCAACAUGCCAGUGGAAUGAUUAAUUUGGAUUCUAAUGGAACGAUAAAACAUCAGCAAGUUGGUCAUGGCAUUAUUUUGCAACAUGAAGCUAAUGAUAUUGAUUUAGAUAUUAGAAUACCUGAGUGUACCAUAUUGAAAUCCUCAAUGUAUGGAAAAUCAGCGAAUGAAAAAAUAGUCGAUGAAAGUCAUGCAAUUUCUGUAAAUUCAAUCCAUUGGAUGGCUCCUCAACUGCCAAAAAACAGCCCACUUGAGAAUAUAGUCGAUAUUUCAGCACUUUCCAUUCCAGAUUAUUCCAUAGAGGCAUUUGAAACAAAAUUUGGAGUUCCCAUCAUUGGAAUUCAGUGGCAUCCCGAAGCAUACAUUCUCAACAAUGAACAAGAACAUCAGCAGAAUAUAUUGAAAUAUAUGGCAAAAGCAGGAGAUGCUUUUCUUGUGAAGAGAAGGGUCCUUGAACAGCUCCUACAAACCAUUCAGCGAAAAUAA